GGGUGGUAGGCGUAUUAUUUUUAAUCGUUCAUAGUGGAUAUUGUAAAAUAAAAUUGGUGUGAUUUUGUGUUACAACCGUCUGCACAACUGAAGAAUUAGUGGAAUCUUUAAAAUAUGAACUAAUCAUUUUUAUUGUAGUGUUAACUACCUCACAGAAGCUUAUUGAGAAAGCUGACUCGAUACAUUUCGUGCCAAACACUCCAAGAAACAUUAGAAUGCGUCACACCCAUAUUCUUAUGUAAAAAAACUUAGAAAACUGUACACUAGGCUGUAUUGGCAUUGAUCCCUUUUCUAAAAAGGGAGUACUUAAAAAAAACUCAUAGAUCUGUGGUUAGUUGCUGCCAUAGUAACGCAAAAGUCAAAACAUAUCUCGUGGUUCGUAAACACAGAAAAAAUGAUGGAAAAACCUUAAAAUUCCGUUAAAUUCACAUAAAUGAAACGAGUUGGUUCAAUAAACAAUUGUUUGACGUAAUUAAACAAUUCAUUUGGUGUUUAAAAAGUAGAGCUCUUGUAUGAAAAAUGUUUAUCUAUAUGAGCAAAAAGAUUGCUAUACCCAAACAAUCGAAUGUCACUUGUAUAUCAUGGAACCAUUCAUCUGGAUUCAUUGCUGUUGGUGGUGAAGAUGGCAUGCUAAAAGUUUUGAAAUUGGAAUCAGGUGGAGGAGGUAAUCUUUCUAUGAAUCUUAGUUUAGAGGGUCACACUGGACAGCUAUGUGUAGCUAUCUGGAAUGAAGUAUUUCAAAAAUUAACUACAAGCGAUGAACAUGGUGUUAUUAUAGUCUGGAUGCUGUAUAAGGGAUCAUGGUAUGAAGAAAUGAUUAACAACAGAAAUAAGUCUACUGUAACAGGGAUGGCAUGGGGAUCAGAUGGCCAAAAAAUCUGCAUAGCAUAUGAAGAUGGUGCUGUUAUAGUUGGUUCUGUUGAUGGAUCCAGGGUCUGGGGUAAAGACAUUAAAGGGCCUGGCUUAUCAGCUGUGCAAUGGUCUCCAGACAAUUCACUUUUGCUUUUUGCUUUGUCUAAUGGAGAGUUGCAUCUUUACGAUGACCAGGGUAAUUUUACUAUGCCAGUGUCUGUCCAAGGUGUAUCAGGGUCUAUGGAGAUUGUCUCAAUGGACUGGUAUUCAGGAAGCGCUCCACUCAACAGACCUAUCCUUGCUAUAUGCUAUAGAAAUGGCAUAAUUAUCUUGAUGAAAAAUUGUAUAGAAGAAGAUAGUAUUGUCGUAGAAACAAAUAUGACCUUGAUAGACUCUCAUUGGAAUCAUAAUGGUACCGUGUUAGCUGCAGCUGGUUGCACCAAUGAACAAGUGAAUGUAGUCCAGUUCUUCAGUGCAUAUGGAGAGCAUAUUCGCACAUUGCGGGUACCUGGCGGCUCCCUAAGAGCUUUGUCAUGGGAGAAGCGAUCGCUACGAUUGGCCAUAGCAAUAGAUUCUUUUAUUUAUUUUGCAAAUGUCAAACCGGACCACAAAUACGCAUUUUACGGGAACACACUUGCAUUUGUUUCUGGCACUGAAACCAUGACUUUUUGGGAUACUGUCACUCAUCAGUAUUGGAUUAAUCAAAUCCCCGAUGUGAUCGACAUGUGUGGUAUUGGCGAGUACUGCGUUAUAGCUACUCUGAGUACACUCAUCAUAUCAAAUCAGCAAGGAAUACAAUGUGAUGCUAAAACAGCGUCUAUUCCCGUCCUUUACGUAACGAUUAAUAGCAAAGCUGUUGUGGUUGCUGCUUCUAAAGAAUCAUUCAUUGUGUGGAAAUUUUCUACGCCUUCUAGACCAAAAAGUACUGAACACCUGUUCCAAGCAGAUGGUUCACCCUUGACUUCCUCUGAUGGAGGAUUUCAGGACGAUACCAUAUGCUGCAUCACCUGUUCUGACAGUCAUUUAUUGAUUGGAAGAGAUUCCGGAGUGAUAGUGCUGUUCUCACUUGUCAAUUUGAAGAAAAUAACAUCCAUAAACAUGAAUUCAAAACCAUACAAAUUAGGAUUGAAUUCUAAUUCGAGCAAAUUCUAUGUGAUCGACCAGCCAGGGUCUUUGUAUCUCUUGGACACUGACAUGGCGAACAAUAUAAGCGUAGGUCAGGCGUUACGUAAAGAUGUUUGGAGCGCAUUAUGGGCUUCAGACAACCCACAGAUGCUGGCGGUGGCUGAGAAGGCCAGACUUUACGUGCUCAGGGACAACGAACCCGAGGAACCUCUCACUAUGCAAGGAUACUUCUGUAGAUUCAAAGAGUUGGAGAUAACGAUGGCUUUGUUAGACAAUAUAAGUGACAAGUGUACGCCGCAGCAUAUUGUUAGAGUUGAGGUGAAGUCGCUGCGUGAUACGCGUCAACUCAUCGAGAAGGUUGGGCUGAAGGAAGCGGAAAUCUUCAUCAAGGACAAUCCACACCCGCAGCUUUGGUUAUUGCUUGCAGAGGCGGCUUUAAAGAAUUUCGAAUCUGGGAAUGCUUUAGAGACCGCAGAAGCGGCAUUUAUUCGGAGAAAUGAUUACGCUGGCAUCCGAUUUGUGUCGCGACUUAAUGCAUUACAUUCGAAUGCACUCAAGAAAGCAGAGAUACACGCUUACUUCAAAGAUUUCGAUGCUGCUGAAAAAAUAUAUCACAAUGAGGAUAGGCGUGAUCUUGCUAUAGCACUGCGCAAGCGCCUGGGCCACUGGUUCCGAGUCGUGGAGCUAUUGAAGAUGUCUGCGAGCUCCACGGAUGCCCAGGUGAAACAGAUUUACAGCAACAUCGGCGAUUACUACAUCGAUCGCCAGAAUUGGACCGGAGCGUUAGAGUAUUAUACAAUGUCCAAUAACGUUGAAGGUUUGAAGAAAUGUUACAUGGCACUAGAGGAUAAUGAAUCACUAUCAAAAUUAUUCACCGGCACUACAAAACCGACCAAGGAUGGACCCGUUAAACAGAGCAUACGCGACGAAAUAAGCGACACGUUCAAUCAAAGACCGUCUAUUCAGGGAAUAAUUCAGUUGAAGGAGUCUGGUAGAUUGUUACAAGCUGCGGCGCUGGCCUUUCAAUUGGCGAAUAUCGAGGCAUCAAAGAAAUCAUCUCCUUUACGUAUCAAGAAAUUAUACAUACUUGCAGGACAUUUGUAUACUCAAAAUUCUGUAGAUGGGGCGAAAAGUCGCGAGGCAGUACGAAGUUACCGUCUCGGCAGCGCGCAACACUGGCUGUGUGUGGCGAGCGGGCGCGCGCACAGCACUCCGCCUCGUCCCGACGCUGCCCUUCGCGCCGCCGCCCGCCUGCGCGCCGCUCUGCCCGCCUUGCCCCCCCAACAACACUUGCAGGCGUGGUGUACUAUUGCGGCGAUAGCUAUUCAAGCGAGAGCAUUCGAUUUAUGUUCAAAAGCGUUUAUCAAACUAGAAGCACUGGAUGCAGAUCGUUUCGAAGCUCUUGCAAUAGAAUGCUUUACAAGGUACAAACCUAAAGACGUUAAGAGCAACAAAAUAGACUGCCCAAAUUGUCACAUGGGAAUGCCAGAAUGGAUGGAGGCUUGCCCCGGGUGCGGCAGUCAAUUCCCCGGCUGCGCGGUGUCUAGUCGCGCGCUGACAACGCCGCACACCGUGUGGGCGUGCGCCACGUGCGGGGCGCGCGCCCAGCAACACGAGAUGGUGCUGCGACACUGCUGCCCCAUGUGCCACGUGCAGUUGGACUAGACGACAUGUAGACAUUUUACCUCAAGGCGCGCGCUGACAACGCCACUCGCCGUGUGUGGCGUGCGAUUUUGUGCUAAAGAAAGAGCUCGUUUUCGUAAACAGAGCACCUUUAGUUCAUAUGUUUUGUAUUUGUAGUGUCACUAUUUACACGUUUUGUUAUACACUACUUUUGGCGUCUUCGACAAUUUUGAAUACGCAAACGUCGAAUAAUAACAUGUCAAGUGCCAGUUUUUAUUCUGCGAGUGCGACAAUUAGAAAAACCAACGUGAAAAAGCGCUCGUGAGAAAGAUGCCUUAUUAGUGAUUAUAUCCGUCCAAUUUUAAUCUUAUAAGUAUUAAAACUGUUUAAAA